CCCCCCGCCCCCGCCGCGGCGCUGGGCGGGGCGAAGCGGAGCGGAGAAGAUGGCGGCGGCGCUGCGGCUGGCUGGAGGGCUGCGGCUGGCGGCCAGGGCUCCGGGGCUCGUUUUGACUCGUUCUGCGUUUGUUGCAAGAAAACCUAAUUAUGACCGUCCAAACUGGUUUGGAGUUGGCUUGGCAUUUAGCACUACUGCUGCCCUGUGGGUUCUACUUUUCAAGCAGCAUAAUGAAGAUGUAAUGGAAUAUGAAAGAAGACAAAAGGAGAAACAACAUAAAUGUACAGGAUGUUCAUAGUUGAACAUAUACUGUAAGAAGUAACAGAAUCGUUUGUUGUGUUUUGGAAAUAAAUAAGCAUAAUACAAGUACAAA